AUGCGUUUCCCCGUAUCAUUAGCCCUAAUCCUCUCCCAACUGGCAAUACAUGCCUCCGCCGUCUCGAAACGCCAACCAGAACAAAACAUCCUCAGGAAGGGCCCUAUUCCCCUAGUUAUAUGGCAUGGGCUAGGCGAUGACUACGGGAGCAGCGGCAUCCACAAUAUCUCCAACCUUGCCCAGCUGGUCCACCCAGGAACCUACGUCUACGUCAUCUCCCUUGGCAGUUCACGCGCAACAGACCUCCGGGCCAGCUAUUUCGGCAACCUCAACGAGCAGUUAGAAGAAGUUUGCAAUAAACUAGGUACGGAGCAGAUCCUCAGUACCGCUCCCUCCAUCAAUGCUUUGGGCUUCUCGCAGGGCGGCCAGUUCCUUCGUGCAUAUGUCGAGCGCUGCAACUUCCCACCUGUCCACAACCUCGUUACCUUCGGCAGUCAACAUAAUGGUAUCUCAAGCUUCCAGGGCUGCAGCACCACCGGUGAUUGGCUGUGUAGAGCUGGGGAGUCGCUGCUACGAUGGGAUAUGGAUCAGUAUCGUGCCUACAGCAAUUUCCUGGCAGAUAUUAAUAACGAGCGCGCUUCGAAGAACGUGACGUAUAAGGAGAACAUGGCGAAGUUGAAUAAGUUUGCUAUGUACAUGUUCGAGAAUGAUAAGAUGAUGGUGCCGAAAGAGUCGUCGCAUUUCGCGGAAGUUAAUACGACGGAUGGGACAGUUACGCCACUAAGGGAAAGGAGGAUAUUCAAGGAGGACUGGCUUGGGUUGAGAGAGUUGGAUACAAAGGGGAAGUUGGAUCUUAAGAUGACCCCAGGUGGUCAUAUGGAGCUUACCGAUGAAACACUGCGCACGGUCUUCCAGGAGUAUUUUGCGCCUAUUGAGCUGGGUGGUGAUGUGCACGCAAUGCCCACAGAUGCGGACACGCAGAAAGUGCUAUCGGGGUAA